AUGGAACCCAGCGCAGCGGAACCCCGGCACUGCGCCUCGGAGCCGGGCCCCGGGCUGGAGAGCAGCGCCCUGCAGGGCACGGAGCUCGCCCCCCGCAGAGCCGCCAGCCGCUCCCCGACCUGCGCCCGCUGCCGCAACCACGGCGUCACGGCCCACCUCAAGGGCCACAAGCGCCUGUGCCUCUUCCAGACCUGCGAGUGCCACAAAUGCGUCCUCAUCCUGGAGCGCCGCAGGGUCAUGGCCGCCCAGGUGGCCCUGCGCCGGCAGCAGGAGGCGCAGCUGAAGAGGCAGCUGGCUCAGGGGCUGCUGCGCGGAGGGACGGCCCCUCCCAAAGCCCCCGGCCGCGUCCAGAAGGGCGCUGCGCCGCCGCCGGGGGUCCCCUCUGGUAAGGAGAACAUCGCGCCGCAGCCGCAGCCCCACCACGGGGCAGUCCCGCUGACGCUGACGCCCCCCGGGAAGGAGAACACCCGUGGGCCUCUGCUGCUCAGCCGGCCCCCGGAAGCCUUGCCUUUGCCGUGGACUGCGGUGCCCCCCGGCCCUUGGGCCCCUGGCCCCUGGCUGCCUCCGGGCCUCUCCAUGCCGCCCCCGGUGGUGUGCCGCCUGCUCUGCCAAGAAUCAGGGGUCCCCCUGCAUCCGUUCCCUGCCUUCGACGCUGGCGCCUCUCUCCGGCUGCCCACCCACGGGCCCCUCGCCGCCUGCCCAGGGGCGCGCUCGGUACUGACCAUCCCUCUCACUGGAGAGCCUCAGGGGCCCCCCAGCCUGCCCCGCACAUGCUCGACCCUGAUCCUGCAGUCCUGUGGCGCCCCAGAUCCGCUUCUGCUACAGCCACAGGCCCCUGGGGCCUCUCGCCUGGCCUGGACACCGGCCCCCUCAGAGCGGCAGCUACAGCGAGAGGCAGCUGAGGCCCUCGUAGGCCUGAAAGACUCACCCCAGGCUCCCCGCCUGACCCCUUCCGUGCCCCCCAGCCCUGCCUGGAUCUCCUUGCUCCACCCCUGUGGCCCACCAGCUUCCACUGGAGGCAGAGGGUUCCAGCCCGUGGGCCCCGCCCUCCGCCCCAGCCCGGGGCCCUCCGUGGCCUUCCACAUCGGCCGUCUGGGCUCCAUCUCCCUGCUGAGCUAG